UCCGGCCCCUCCCCGCCUCCGGACCCUCCCUUAGAGCCGGCUAGCCUCGGGGAGGCCCCGGGAGGCCGGCGCCCGGCUUGGGGGGCAACCGCCGGCCCCCCGCGCACCUGGCGCCCCUUCCUGAAGGGCACGCCGUCCUCCGGGGCCGGCCCGCCGCCUUCCACCCCCGCGCUCCUAACGGUCGCCCCCGGCCCCCUGCCAAGCUCUGCCCGUGGCCGCUCCCGCCCGCCUGGGGGCCCCUGACCCCAGCGGCCCGGGGUGGCUGGGCCCGGCGUGCGCUGGAGGUCUCCCCAGCGCGUCUCUGCGUUCCCCUCGGAACGUGCUGGGCCUUGCGGGUCCCCAAGUCCAAGCGUUCCACGACUUUGGCCAACAUGGAAGCCUUCCCCUCCACCCAGGCACCUCGUCUGGGUCCUCCUCGCCUCUGUUUCCUUUCCCUCCGGCGACCUUAGUGCUGGGUCAUUGGGGUCUCCCUCUUCGCAGUUGCCGGGCCGCGGGAAACACCUUCCUUGGCAGGGGCUGCUUGCUCUCCCCGUCCCCAGGCCAGGCCCUUUCCAGCUCGUGCCCCUCCGUGCAGCAGCUCCUUGGCCACAGCGCUCACGCUUUCCCUUUAAAAGAGAAAACAAUUUCCAAGUAACUUUUUAAAAGCCCCUCGGCCGUCUCCUCCGCUGUGCUGUCAUUACUCGAAUUCCCCGUCAGCCUCCAGGUCUGUUGCAUCCCAGGGCCCGGCACUGGGCGAUGCUCCAUAAAGACUUGUUGGCUGGAUUGGAUUUUUUUUUUUCCAGCCACCCAGCCUUCCUUCCCUCCUGCCUCUCAAAGUGUCCUUCUGGAAGAUCAUCAGCUUUCUCAUCCUCUCUGCACUGCCCUCCGGGUCCACAUAGCAGUUUCAACUUAGACCCCCGCCAACUCCUGGCAUGGAAACACCAUCGGUGGUGCCAACUGCGGCGUCCUGGAGUUGAUGGGAGCUGCAGCACCGUGCCAGGCCAGCCUCCCUCCCAGCCAGUGACUCCACCUCUGCAGCACCUGGACCCAGCCCAUCUGCCCGUGUCCUCUGCCCUGGGCCCCAGGAAUGCGCCUCCUCCUGAGAGUCCCCUCCUUCAUCCCUUAGAGGAACAGGCUGCCACCGAGCUCCCACCAGCCUCCGUUACCCUGACCUUAUUUCCACCUGAUGGUGCCAGAGGCUGCUUCCCAGCCGGGUCUUUCCCAGAUGUGAAGGUCCCUCCUGGGCUCUACUGAGGCCAGACCAAUUCCCAGUGGCUUGGGAACCCUCGUUUACUCCAGCACCAGUGCCUGCCCUCCUGCUUCCCGGGCCAGGCUGCCAGGUGAGCCCCCGGCCGAGGGAGGUCACCCCGUGGAGGCUGGAAGGACUCGAGCUGCCCGUCUCCUCGCCUCCCCAGGUCUUUCCUCGUCCGGACUCGUCUCUGGGUAACUCAUGGUGUGAGUGGCCGUGUGGCUGGCUCAGGUGUUUGGAGAGAGAAAGCCAGGCCCCCUCCUGCCCACCCCCGGCCUCGGAAACACGCCCAGCCCCACGAUGGCAGCAGAGACGCUCAACUUUGGACCUGAGUGGCUCAGGGCCCUGUCUGGGGGCGGCAGUGUGGCCUCCCCUCCCUCGUCCCCUGCCAUGCCCAAGUACAAGUUGGCUGACUACCGCUACGGGCGAGAGGAGAUGCUGGCCCUCUAUGUCAAGGAGAACAAGGUCCCUGAAGAGCUGCAGGACAAGGAGUUUGCUGCAGUGCUGCAGGAUGAGCCGCUGCAGCCCCUGGCCCUGGAGCCGCUGACUGAGGAGGAGCAGAGAAACUUCUCCCUGUCAGUGAACAGCGUGGCUGUGCUGAGGCUGAUGGGGAAAGGGGCUGGGCCCCCCCUGGCUGGCACCUCCCGAGGCAGGGGCAGUACUCGGAGCCGAGGCCGUGGCCGCGGCGACAGCUGCUUUUACCAAAGAAGCAUCGAAGAAGGCGAUGGGGCCUUUGGACGAAGCCCCCGGGAGAUACAGCGCAGCCAGAGCUGGGAUGACAGAGGCGAGAGGCGGUUUGAGAAGUCAGCAAGGAGGGAUGGAGCACGAUGUGGGUUUGAGGAGGGAGGGUCUGGCCCAAGGAAGGAGCAUGCCCGCUCAGACAGCGAGAACUGGCGCUCCCUACGGGAGGAGCAGGAGGAGGAGGAGGAGGGCAGCUGGAGGCUUGGGGCAGGGCCCCGGCGAGAUGGUGACCGCUGGCGCUCCACCAGCCCUGAUGGUGGUCCCCGCUCUGCUGGCUGGCGGGAGCAUGGGGAACGGAGGCGCAAGUUUGAAUUUGAUUUGCGAGGGGAUCGAGGAGGGUGUGGUGAAGAGGAGGGGCGGGGAGGGGGAGGCAGCUCUCACCCGCGGCGGUGCCGAGCGACUGACGGCUUUGAGGAGGACAAGGAUGGGCUCCCAGAGUGGUGCCUGGACGAUGAGGAUGAAGAAAUGGGCACCUUUGAUGCUUCUGGGGCCUUCUUGCCUCUCAAGAAAGGCCCCAAGGAGCCCAUUCCUGAGGAGCAGGAGCUGGACUUCCAGGGGCUGGAGGAGGAGGAGGAGGAGCAGCCUUCCGAAGGGCUAGAGGAGGAAGGGUCUGAGGCGGGUGGGAAGGAGCUGACCUCACUGCCUCCUCGGGAGGAGAAGCCCGGUUCCCCGUCCCCGCUGCCCACCUUGGGCCCACUCUGGGGGACAAACGGGGAUGGGGACGAAGUUGUGGAGAAAGACCCCACAGCAGCCGAUGAUGAUAUUCGGGGGAUCCAGCUGAGUCCCAGGGUGGGCUCCCCCACUGGCCCACCCGGAGAUCUGGAGGAUGAUGAAGGCUUGAAGCACCUGCAGCAGGAGGCGGAGAAGCUGGUGGCCUCCCUGCAGGACAGCUCCUUGGAGGAGGAGCAGUUCACAGCUGCCAUGCAGACCCAGGGCCUGCGCCACUCUGCAGCCGCCACUGCCCUCCCGCUCAGCCACGGAGCUGCCAGGAAGUGGUUCUACAAGGAUCCACAGGGCGAGAUCCAAGGCCCGUUCACAACACAGGAGAUGGCAGAGUGGUUCCAGGCCGGCUACUUCUCCAUGUCGCUGCUGGUGAAGCGGGGCUGUGAUGAGGGCUUCCAGCCGCUGGGCGAGGUGAUCAAAAUGUGGGGCCGCGUGCCCUUUGCCCCAGGGCCCUCGCCACCCCCACUGCUGGGCAACAUGGACCAGGAGCGGCUGAAGAAGCAGCAGCAGGAGCUGGCUGCGGCGGCCUUGUACCAGCAGCUGCAGCACCAGCAGUUUCUCCAGCUGGUCAGCAGCCGCCAGCUCCCACAGUGCACGCUCCGGGAAAAGGCAGCUCUGGGGGACCUGACGCCACCGCAGCAGCAGCUCACGGCGUUCCUGCAGCAGGCGCUCAAACCCCCCAGAGGCGGGGACCAGAACCUGCUCCCGACGAUAAGCCGGUCCUUGUCGGUGCCGGAUUCAGGCCGCCUCUGGGACAUACAUACCUCAGCCUCAUCACAGUCAGGUGGUGAGGCCAGUCUUUGGGACAUACCAAUUAACUCUUCGACUCAGGGUCCAAUUCUAGAACAACUCCAGCUGCAACAUAAAUUCCAGGAGCGCAGAGAAGUGGAGCUCAGGGCGAAGCGGGAGGAGGAGGAGCGUAAGCGCCGGGAGGAGAAGCGCCGCCAGCAGCAGGAGGAGCAGAAGCGGCGGCAGGAGGAGGAAGAGCUGUUUCGGCGCAAGCAGGUGCGGCAGCAGGAGCUGCUGCUGAAAUUGUUACAGCAGCAGCAGUCAGUCCCCGUGCCCCCUGCGCCCAGCUCCCCGCCCCCGCUCUGGGCUGGCCUGGCCAAGCAGGGGCUGUCCAUGAAGACGCUGCUGGAGUUGCAGCUGGAGGGCGAGCGGCAGCUGCACAAGCAGCCCCCGCCUCGGGAGCCAGCUCGGGCCCAGGCCCCCAACCACCGAGUGCAGCUUGGGGGCCUGGGCACUGCCCCCCUGAACCAGUGGGUGUCUGAGGCUGGGCCGCUGUGGGGCGGACCAGACAAGAGUGGGGGCGGCGGCAGCAGCCUGGGGCUCUGGGAGGACACCCCCAAGAGUGGCGGGAGCCUGGUCCGAGGCCUCGGCAUGAAGAACAGCCGGAGCAGCCCAUCUCUCAGCGACUCGUACAGUCACCUGUCGGGUCGGCCCGUUCGCAAAAAGACAGAGGAAGAAGAGAAGCUGCUGAAGCUGCUGCAGGGCAUCCCCAGGCCCCAGGACGGCUUCACCCAGUGGUGCGAGCAGAUGCUGCACACGCUGAGCGCCACGGGCAGCCUGGACGUGCCCAUGGCUGUAGCGAUCCUCAAGGAGGUGGAAUCGCCCUAUGAUGUCCACGACUAUAUCCGUUCCUGCCUGGGGGACACGCUGGAAGCCAAAGAAUUUGCCAAACAAUUCCUGGAGCGGAGGGCCAAGCAGAAAGCCAGCCAGCAGCGGCAGCAGCAGCAGGAGGCGUGGCUGAGCAGCGCCUCCCUGCAGACGGCCUUCCAGGCCAACCACAGCACCAAACUCGGCCCUGGAGAGGGCAGCAAGGCCAAGAGGCGGGCGCUGAUGCUGCACUCAGACCCCAGCAUCCUGGGUGAGCUGGGCUGGGGCAGGAGCGGGACUUCCUUGGCCCAGGGCAGGAGGAGCCCAGGAGAGAGCUCAGACCCAGCUUCUUCCCGGCUUCAGGGUACUCCCUGCACGGAUCUUCUGGUGAGAUCGAGAGCGUGGAUGACUACUGACCAGCCCGGACCCCCAGCCCCUGGGCUGUAGGCCAGGGCCGGCAGCGGAGGCGUGGACCUGAGGGUCGCAGCCUGCAGGCUUCCUGCAGGGAGCAGAGGAGGAGGCAGGGGCGGGGUCCCCAGCACUUGUUACAAACACACGAUGCACCUUAACUCACCCACCACGAGGCACUUUACAGACUGGGGGAGGGGUUUUUUUUAAUUUUUUUUUUUUUUAAUUUUAAACGACUUUGAAGAAAAUGUAGAAGCAAAAAUAUUGUUAACUAGACUCUAAACACCCCUUCCCGCUGCGGGGAUAGUGGGUGUGACAAUGGAAGGUCCACAGAGGGUUUUUGUUUUUUUUGUUUUUUGUUUUUUUUUUAAGAAAAAAGGAAAAAUGAAAAAAAAAUUAUUAGGCUGAAAGAAAAAACACACUGUUAUUUUGGGGCAGUUGGGGAUACAGGCCCUGUGGACCUGUCUUGCCUGGCCCCCAAGGCCACACUUACCCCCCACCAGAAGGCGGGCCAUGGGGUAACUGGAAGCUCGGGGCCAGCAGUUUGCACAGGAGGCCUGUCUGAGCUCUGCCUGCCAGACCCGCUGUGAGCAGCUUCCGUAGCUGGGGCUGGCCGAGGUGUCCGGGGUGGGGCCAAAGUAGCCCCUUGGCUUUGCUGCUUUGGGGGACAGUUGCACAAAUUGGAAGAGCAGCCCCAGUUCCCCAGGCUACCAUCCUGUGCUGGCUGAGGGAUAGGAGGGGACAGGCCGUGCCAACCUCUGGCUGGCAGGGUGGGGCUGCAGGAUUCUUGACUGUGGUCCUGGUGAGGGGCGUCCCCCACCGCUGCCAUUUUGGGGGAUGCCCUGUGUUUGAACCUGAAAGCCCCAGCUCUCUGCCUUGCCACGUGAAUGUAUUCUUUGGGCCACAAGCCCCCGCCUCACCCCUGCCUGGCUUCUGCCUCACCCCUGCGAGCGGCGGGGGUGGAUGAUUGCUCCGGAGGCUGCCGAGAGAAGGCUGAGCUGUUCCUCCAGUGAAGGGGGCAGGAGGGGCCUCGAAGGCAAGGAGUGGGUGGCUUUGGGCUUAGGGUUGCAGUGGAGGGGCUGCCACCCGGGGCUCCAACCUGUAGCCAGCUCAUGGGGUGUGGACCACCCAGUUCUGCAUCUGAUCCCUCUACUGACCAAAUGGGAGAGGAAUGGACGGUCUCCCUGGUCUGAUGCGAUGCGCUUUUUACCGUUGGGUUAAGGUUGGGGUGAAGAGAAGCGUGCGGCUCCUGGGUCAGGGGAGGCUGCCCCUUCUGUUGCUCACGGACUUCUUAUUCCUGGUCCACUAGUUGGGUUCGUCUCCACCCAUUUUGGAUUUUAAGUUUUGUCUUUUGGGUUUCUCAUCCAGUUCCUCCCAUUGACCUCAUUGCUCAGAGUGCAGUAUUAGGGCAAGGUUCCGCCGCUGCCUCCCUCCAUGAAUGUAUUUCUUCCUCCUGCCCUGGGGACAUGGGGAGUGGCCCAUUUCUUUCCCCAUCUAGCCCCAGAAAGAUGAUGGUGUUUGGUUUUUUUGUUGCUUUUUUUUUUUUUUUUUUUUUUUUUUUUUGCACCAAAGUGGCAACUGGGUCAGUGUUGGGGGAUCAAGCUGGCCUCAGGGUGGGGGGCCCCCACCUGCCUCUCCCUGGUUCCCACAGUGUUAGCGUCCCUGAAAAGACAAUAUUCUCUAAAGCAAUAAGGGGUGACGGGCCGGGGGGAGUGUCUGCUGCUGCUGGCCCCCAGCUCCCCUUCCCUCUUGCCAGGUGUGGGGGAGACUCCUGUUGUGACUGAAUGUAAGCCCCCCGCCCCUGCCACAGCCAAUGCAGGGGAAGCGGGGGCACUCUUCCUGUCUCUUCCUGCCCCUUCUCCCCAGCUAAAGAGACUUUGGACUUAGGGGGCCCAUGAGCCUGGAGAGGCCUUAACCCUGUGAGGAAGAAUAGGGGGAGCCCUCUCCCACCCCCAUCCCCUUCUGAGAGUGGUCAAUGUUUACAAGCCCCUGAGCCCCCCUGCCCAGGGACUCAGACUCUGUUGCUGUCCUUCCCAGCCCUGGUCUUCCUGGGCCCUCGCUGCUCCCCUGCCCUUCCUGGGGUUGGGGUGGAUGCAGGGGUCACUGUGUUCCCUGUCUGCCUUGUACCCCCGUCUCCCUACCCCCUCUCCACCCUGUGUGACUUCCCUGUCUUUUACCUGCUCCUGUAAAUACUCCCUUCUCCCAAUAAAACUCGGUGUGUGUUCUCCC